UUUGGUUGACAAACAGUUAGUUAAUUUUAAUAGUUCAUCGAUAUUAUUGCGAAACGGUAUAAACGAAUAAGUACUCGAGGAUUAUGGUGAUAACAAGCCGAGUUUUGCUCAAGAACUCGCCCAAGUCAUUGUACAGAUAUUUGCUGCGUGAAUGCAAGAAGCUACCACCCGGUGCAAGUGAAUUUUACAAACACUCCGUCACACAGAGUUUCAAGCAGCAUGUGAAAGAAACAGAUCCAGACAGAAUUCAACAGAUCAUGGAAAAAGCUCUUCUUGAUGCAAAGUGGGUGAUGCAAAAGUACAAAAAAGAUUCAUCAUCUGAUCCUCCCAAGAAAUAA